UAGAAGUGGUGAUGCAAGAAGUUUCUAGGAAAGCCCUACCAGGUCUCAACAAAAUGGCAUGUGCAGCAGACAGCUGCAUUCAGUUUACACGCCAUGCAAGUGAUGUUCUGCUCAACUUGAACCGACUGCGGAGCAGGGAUAUCUUAACUGAUGUCACCAUUCUGGUGAACAGACAGCAGUUUCGAGCUCACAAAACAGUCUUAAUGGCUUGCAGUGGGCUUUUUUACACCAUAUUUACUGACUCCCACAAAUGCAACCUGAAUGCCAUUAGCCUAGACCCUAAGAUGGAUCCUGAAGGUUUUGCCAUUCUGCUGGAGUUCAUGUACACCUCUCGGCUGACUCUGAAAGAAAAUCUUAUCGUGGCGGUCAUGAAUACAGCCAUUUACUUGCAGAUGGACCAUGUUGUUGACACUUGCAACAGGUUCAUAAAGUCCAGUGACUCCUCAGCCAAGCUCACGAGAGAAGAGUUUUUGGUCAGCCCUUUGCUGUUAACUCAGGAUGCCCAUGCAUACAGAACCCAUGAAAUGGAGAGUCUGCCCUCGCGAACAUCCUCUUUCAGGGAUGGGAGGGCCUACAGUUCUAGCGUGUUCAACGGCGUUAGUCCUCCCAGCAGUUCUUAUCUCUACGGCCAAUUCCCAGUCCACGGAUUCCCUUUUCCACUCGGAAAGCUGACGGACGCCAAAAGCCCUUUGACGGACUUCUCUAAAGGCGGAGCAAUGCACCACAAAUUGUGUUUCGCAUCCGAUGACACUGCUCUGACGGAGCACGUCAGGGCUAGUGCUACUAUGUGCCACAUGGCAUCCUACCCUCCCAGGGAGGCGGCGGCAGCGGCCGCAGCAGAAGAUGAGGUUAGGAAGGAGAACCUCAGCGGCAUCCACCACUCUGUGGGGCCUGGCUUCCGGAAGCACUGUUUCCCAGGGCUGGGUCAAGAGCAGAGGGAGGGUGGCAAGGAGCACCCCCCAUUGGGGAUGGAGGACCUGGGCCACCAGCACUACUCCCUGGGGAUCUCCUCCAGUGGCCGCAAGAGCCUGAUGAGCAGUCCGCAGAGCCCCCUCAAGUCUGACUGCCAGCCCAACUCGCCCACAGAGUCCAGCAGCAGCAAGAAUGCCGCCUUGUCCCAGACAGCGCCCUCGCCGCCCCUGUCCUCCCAGGGCACGCAGGACCCCAAGGCCCGCAACUGGAAAAAGUACAAGUUCAUUGUGCUCAACUCUGCCAACCAAGCGCCCAAAGAGGGAGAAGGGGGCUCUCGCGGCCCUGGCACGCGCUCUCCGCAGUCCCUCGGAUCACCGGCCUACCUCCAGCCUGGUGAUUCGGAACACCCUGAUGUUCACGCAGCCCCCAAAAUCAGCGAGCAAGGGGAGGACCUUCCUGUACCACAGGCCAGCCGUCUUAACACCAUCAUCAACAGAGCCAUGGAAAGAACAUCAAAUGACGGCGGCCAAGCGUCUCAAUACAUCAACCACCUGAAGUGCUCAUCUUGUGGCUCCCAGUCCCCGCAGCACUCGAUGUGCUCCAACACUCCCAGCUCGCAGCUGGGGGAGGAAAUGCCGGAACCCAAUUCUGAGUACUCCGACUUCAGCUGUGAAAACGGUACCUUUUUCUGUAACGAAUGCGACUCAAAGUUUGCGGAAGAUGAUGCUCUGAAACGACACAUGCUUCAGGUCCACAGUGACAAGCCAUACAAGUGUGACCGCUGCCAGGCAGCAUUCCGUUACAAGGGGAACCUCGCCAGCCACAAAACGGUUCACACAGGAGAGAAGCCGUAUCGCUGUAACAUCUGUGGUGCUCAGUUCAACAGGCCUGCUAACCUCAAGACACACACCCGCAUUCACUCAGGAGAAAAGCCAUACAAGUGUGAGACGUGUGGUGCCCGCUUUGUACAGGUGGCCCACCUCCGUGCUCACGUGUUGAUCCAUACGGGAGAGAAACCAUACCCCUGCGAGAUUUGUGGGACACGCUUUCGUCACUUGCAGACUCUCAAGAGCCAUCUGCGCAUACACACAGGAGAAAAGCCCUAUCAUUGUGAGAAAUGCAAUUUGCACUUUCGCCACAAGAGUCAGUUGAGACUGCACCUUCGGCAAAAGCACGGCGCCAUCACCAACACCAAGGUUCAGUACCGUGUGUCCGCUACAGAGCGACCUGCUGAUGUGACAAAGGCCUGUUGAGGAGGAGCCUGACAUCGUACGGUUGUCCACAAGUGUAGCGACACACUGAGCAAGAGAAACUGGGGCAGUCUAUGCCGUUCUAAACGGGUUUCCUUUACAUGUGAAAGUUGAACCACAUGCGGUCAAUCAGUCACUUUAUGUAGUUGUAUUUAUAAGCUUUGAAGUAUAUAAUGCUUUAUUUUCUUGAGGAGAAAACAGAUGGAAUGUAAAUCCAAUUUUUGAAAAUAUGGUAUUUUAUAUCAAAGAACAUACUUUUCUGAAAGUAUUUAGGCAACUUUGAAGGGUGGUAUAUUUUAAGAUAAUGGUAUUUCUGGCAAGGGUGUCUAAAAUUUAUCUAUAAAUUUUCUAUAUAGAUAUACCAUAUAGAACUGCUUCUUGUGUGGAAGUGAAAGUGACAGGCUCCUGAAACAUUUUGCUGUCUUUUUUUGUUUUUAAUUUGGAAUGGGAAUGAGUGCUGCUUACUGAAGAAACAAAGUGGAAAACA